GUUGGCGUUAUUCUGAGUUUUUUUUCUUCUUUUUUUUGUAGGGAGUGAGGGUGCAACUGGCAGUAAUGUUGAAGUCUAUUUUUUUCUUAGCCAGCUAACACGUUAGCUGUACCGAAUGCUGCUUGUAGCCUUAAGCUAGCCCUUCGCUAGCCGCUCCCCUCAGACUCAGAGAUGUCGAGUGUUUCCAACGAAGCGGUGAUCUUAAUCAAAGACGUAAAGCCGGGAUCGAAAAAUCUCAAUAUCGUUUUUAUAGUUUUGGAAAUAGGUCGGGUGACCAAGACAAAGGAUGGUCAUGAAGUACGCUCCUGUAAAGUGGCCGAUAAAAGCGGCAGCAUCGCCAUCUCUGUUUGGGAUGAACUGGGCAGCCUCAUCCAGCCAGGGGAUAUUAUUCGCCUUACACGAGGUUAUGCCUCCAUUUGGAAGGGAUGCCUUACCCUGUACACUGGACGAGGUGGAGAUCUGCAGAAAAUUGGAGAGUUCUGUAUGGUAUACUCCGAGGUUCCUAAUUUCAGUGAACCAAAUCCAGAUUUGCUAGCCCAAGCCAACCAGCAGAAUAAGACGUGUAAAGAACAACAAGGAAAUUCUCCACCCAAUCAAAAUGCGGGUACUCCUGUUCAAGCAGGAAAUGGUACCCCUGUACCCCCGAACUUUGGAGCUCCAGGAAGAACAAACGGACGUGUUCCUGGCAACGGCCCCCCCCCUCCAGUGACUGUAGGGGGACCUCUGGCCCCUCCUAAACCAUCUGUCACCAUCAGCAAUGGCAGGGAUCCCCGACGUGCUUCGAAGAGAUGAGACACUGAUGCAAAACCACUGUCCUGCCCUCCCAACAGCUCCUCUGUGCACACAAAGCUUGAAUAUUUCUGCAAUGUAACUGCCAAUCAAGGGAUACAAAGUCUUGGUCAAUCUGCUGGAUGUAGACUAUGGCCUCUUAUUUCACCUAGGACUGUAUUAGCAAAAAUGGCUAAUGGUUCCUGAAGAAGUUAUGCCAAUUUUUUAAAAUAAUUUUUAUAAAUCACCCUUUUCUUUCUGUGUAGUGCAGGACUCCCUGUGUGCCCCUCUGCAUCCCUUCCCGAAUUGUUUGAAACUAUACACCCUACUUGAACACUUGAUGCACUUUCUUCAAUUAAUUUAUAGUAAACACAUUACUGUCAUGUAAUUCAGGAAUGGUUGAAACUGCUGUUUGCAAAUAGGCAGGCAGAAACUGGUGGCUGCCUUUUUUUUUUCCUCAUGGGUUUCUGCCCUUUGGCCAAAAAAGUACCAAAAGUGACUGUGUGAAAGCGGUGAUAGUUUGACACAUAGGUUUAUUUAAUUAGGAAUAAAACUAGAAAUUAACAAACUGUAA